AUGGGCAAGCCUGAUAUUCACGUAGAUGUUCUUGUCAUUGGUGCAGGUCCUACAGGCUUGGGGGCAGCUAAAAGACUCAAUCAAAUUGGUGGACCAUCAUGGUUGAUCGUCGACUCAAAUGAGACACCAGGAGGUCUAGCAUCAACGGAUAUCACCCCAGAAGGCUUUUUGUACGAUGUUGGAGGCCAUGUCAUCUUCUCGCACUACAAGUACUUUGACGACUGUAUAAAUGAGGCAUUACCUGAAAAGGACGAUUGGUACACACAUCAACGCAUUUCGUAUGUCCGAUUCAAAGGACUAUGGGUCCCUUAUCCUUUCCAGAACAAUAUCUCAAUGUUACCCAAAGACGAGCAAGUCGCAUGUAUGGAUGGAAUGAUCGACGCCGCGCUAGAAGCUCGUACGAACAGUAGCAAGCCAAAAGAUUUUGAUGAAUGGAUCUUACGAAUGAUGGGCGUGGGCAUUGCAGACCGCUUCAUGCGACCUUACAACUUCAAAGUCUGGGCUGUGCCACCAAAGAAGAUGCAAUGUCAAUGGCUUGGGGAACGCGUCGCUGCCCCAGACCUGAAAAGUGUGACUAAAAAUGUCAUAUUACAGAAGACAGCAGGCAAUUGGGGCCCCAAUGCGACAUUCCGUUUCCCAGCCCACGGGGGGACUGGCGCCAUCUGGAUCGCUGUCGCUAAGACAUUGCCGAAGGAGAACACUAUGUUUGGAAAACCAGGCACCGUCAAAUCAGUCAACGCAGACGAGAAGAUCGUCACACUAGAGGACGGCAAGACGAUCCAAUAUGACAAGCUUGUGAACACAAUGGCGGUCGACGCCUUGGUCGAGAAAAUCGGCGACACAUCCCUUAUAAACCUGAGCAAAGACCUCUUCUACAGCUCUACCCACGUAAUCGGUGUCGGGGUUCGCGGUGCGCGUCCUGAGCGCAUUGGCGACAAAUGCUGGCUCUACUUCCCCAACGACGACUGCCCCUUCUACCGCGCCACAAUCUUCUCCAACUACUCCCCCAACAAUCAACCCGCCGACUCCGUCAAACUCCCCACCCUCCAGCUUGCCAAUGGCGAUAAGCCCUCCAACAACUCCCCUGAAGAAGGCCCGUACUGGAGCAUCAUGCUUGAAGUCUCCGAGUCCUCAAUGAAGCACGUCAACAACUCUACCCUCCUCAAAGACAGCAUCCAAGGCCUCAUCAACACCUCCAUGCUCCAACCCACCGACGAAAUCGUCUCCACCUACCACCGUCGCUUCGAUCACGGCUAUCCCACGCCCUCCCUCGAGCGCGAAGGUGUGCUGAAGCAGCUCCUGCCUAAGCUUCAGGAAAAAGACAUCUACUCCCGCGGCCGCUUCGGCAGCUGGCGUUACGAGGUCGGCAACCAGGAUCACAGCUUCAUGCUGGGCGUGGAAGCUGCGGAUAGCAUUGUGAAUGGAGCGGCGGAGCUGACGCUCAAUUAUCCGGACUUUGUCAACGGGAGAGUCAAUCAUGAGCGUAGGUUGGUGGAUGGGGCGCAGUAUUUCAAAAGUAGGCAGGGGAUCAGAAAUAAGGAGGUGCCGUUCAAGGCAGAGGGGCCGACGAUGAAUGGACAUGCUUGA